AUGAUGCCGGCGCCACAAAGGGGAUAUCAGCAGGCAGUCAAGAGCAGCCGAUUUUAUCUUCUGGUGCGGAGGGAGCAUCGAAUAUAACAAAUCCCAACAGCACCCAAACAACUGGAGACGAUGAUCCAGCAGCUGAUGGUGCAGGGGCAGCAGAGGGAAAACAAAAUGAAAAUAAAGAUGCCAAUCCGAAGGAAACACCAUUCGAAGCCACAGCCACGAAAAAUACAACGUCGACGACUGGCGACAGUGACGGCAGCACCGCGGUCUCCCACACCACCUCCCCUCUUUUGCUUCUUGUUGCGUGUGCGGCUGCUGCUGCGGUGGUGGCCGCGUGA